UCCUUGUCUACAUACCACCAUCAACCCCCCGAUCCGCGCAUCCCAUCCACGCGCAACAUCGGGAAAUAAUCAGACACACUGCCAGUUUGCACUAUGGCCGCCCCUCCAUCCUCGUCCGCCACUUCCGAUCCGAAGACGGAGGCUGUUGUCCCCGCUCAGGAGCCCAAGAAGGAUUCCGCACCCGCCGCAAAGCCAUCCGAGGCUGAAGCCAGCAAGGCAAAAUCCCCAACACCAGAGCCGCAGCCGACUGAGGCUGGGACGUCAGCGACGACGGCCGACGUCGAAGCUGAGGCUGCUGCAGAUGACGAGGAUGAUUCAGAGGAUGCGCCCGAGGUCAUCGACAUGGAGACAUUCAUGCAGAUCCUUGAUCUAGACGAGGACGACACCCAUGAGUUCUCCAAGGGUAUGGCAUGGGCCUAUUUCUCCCAAGCCGACACGACGUUUACAGAGAUGGACGACGCUGUCACCGCCCAAGACCUCCCCAAACUCUCCGCCCUCGGCCACUUCCUCAAAGGUUCCUCCGCCGCCCUCGGCGUCUCCAAGGUCCAAGCCUCAUGCGAGCAGAUCCAGCACUACGGCCAAUCGCGGGACGAGGAGCUGAACACAGACCUGACGAAGCAGCAGGCGUUGGAGAAGAUUGGGAGGACGUUGAGGAGGGUGAAGGGGGAGUAUGGGGUCGCGGAGAAGUGGUUGAGGAAGUGGUAUAGGGAACAUGGGGGGGAUGAGGAUCCGGAGAGUUAGGUGCGUUUUUUGGCAGGGGAGGUGGGGAGUUUGUGAGG